CCGAACUUCCCCGCAACUUUUCUUCAGGAGCGAAAACCCACAGAAAUGGAGCCGCGACUAUGGAUUUGAAGCGCAGAGGAUUUACGAUGGGCUUUUUACUGGUGAAAAUCCUGCUUUGGAGCUGCCUGGUCCCGAUAGUUAAGGGGUCCCCUCUCCUUCUCUUCGCGAACCGUCGUGACGUGCGCUUGGUGGAUGCAGAGGGCACGCGAGGGGAGUCGGCAGUCGUUGUUAGUGACCUUGAGGAUGCUGCAGCGGUGGAUUUCCUGUACUCAGAUGGUCUCAUCUUCUGGACAGAUGUCAGUGAAGAAGUUAUCAAACAGACCCACUGGAACCAGUCAUCUAACUCACUUAAGGAGGCCUUAGGAACAGGCCAGACUGUGGUUGUAUCAGGAUUGGAUAGUCCUGAUGGGCUGGCAUGUGACUGGCUGAGCCGGAAGCUUUACUGGACAGACUCGGAGACAAAUCGGAUUGAAGUAGCUAAUUUGGAUGGAACGUCCCGGAAAGUUCUGUUCUGGAUGGACCUAGACCAGCCCAGAGCUAUAGCUCUUAAUCCUGCACACCGCUACAUGUAUUGGACAGACUGGGGGGAAGAGCCAAGGAUAGAGCGAGCGGGCAUGGAUGGUACCAACAGGAAAGUGAUAGUGGAAAUGGGUAUAUACUGGCCUAACGGUCUGACCAUAGACCUGGUGGAACACAAGUUGUACUGGGCAGAUGCCAAGCUCAGUUUUAUUCACAGAUCUAACCUGGAUGGAUCUGCACGGGAAACAGUGGUUGAAGGCACUCUAACGCACCCUUUUGCCCUAACACUGUCUGGGGAGACCUUGUACUGGACAGACUGGCAGACGCGUUCCAUCCAUGCCUGUAACAAACACAACGGAGAUAAAGCUCGAGAGAUCCUGAGUGGGAUAUACUCCCCUAUGGACAUCCAAGUGCUGGGACCACAGAGACAGCCGUAUAUUAAGACCUCCUGUAGUGAAAAUAAUGGAGGUUGCAGCCAUCUCUGCUUGCUUUCUCCCAUCCAACCCUUCUACAGUUGUGCCUGCCCCACCGGAGUCCAACUCAAACAAGAUGGAAAGACUUGUAAACCUGGAGCAGAGCAGGUUCUCUUGUUGGCACGGCGGACAGACUUAAGAAGAAUCUCACUGGACCUGCCAGACUUCAGUGACAUAGUACUACAGGUUGAUGACAUUCGCCAUGCCAUAGCUAUAGACUACGACCCGAUUGAGGGUUUUGUCUAUUGGACAGAUGAUGACGUUAAGGCUAUCCGGCGCUCCCACAUCGAUGGCAGCAAUGCCAUGACAUUAGUUAAGACAGAGAUCAACCACCCAGACGGCAUUGCUGUGGACUGGGUGGCCAGAAACCUGUACUGGACUGACACAGGCACCGAUCGCAUCGAGGUGACCAGACUGAAUGGAACAUCUCGAAAAAUUCUGAUCUCUGAAAACCUCGAUGAACCGAGAGCCAUCGUCCUGGACCCUGUGAAUGGCUACAUGUAUUGGACAGACUGGGGUGAUCGUCCCAAGAUUGAAAGAGCCAAUUUAGAUGGUUCUGACCGGAUGGUUGUACUGAACAAGUCUCUGGGUUGGCCCAAUGGACUAGCUUUGGACCAUGUGGCUGGAAAACUGUAUUGGGGGGAUGCUAGGACGGACAAGAUAGAGGUGAUUAAUGUGAAUGGCACUAACAGACAGACUCUGCUGGAGGACAAACUACCACAUAUUUUUGGAUUUACACUCCUUGGGGACUAUAUCUACUGGACUGACUGGCAGAGUCGCAGCAUCGAACGAGUCCAUAAAGUAACAGCUGUGCGAGAGAUUAUCAUUGAUCAGUUACCUGACCUGAUGGGGUUGAAGGCUACCGAAGUGACAAAGACGUUUGGUACGAAUGGUUGUGCAGUGGAUAACGGUGGUUGCAGCCACCUGUGUUUCUGGCACUCCCAGAGUGUCCACUGCUCCUGUCCUAUAGGCCUGGAGCUUCUGUCAGACCUGCAGACCUGUGUGGUGCCUGAGGCCUUCCUGCUUUUUACCAACAGGGACAACAUAAGGAGUAUCUCUCUGGGUACCAACAGUGAUGAUGUUGCUAUUCCUCUGACUGGCGUUAAAGAGGCCUCUGCUCUUGACUUUGAUGUUGCCGAAAACCGGAUAUACUGGACAGACAUACAGGCUAAGUCAAUCAGCAGAGCAUAUAUGAAUGGCAGUUCAGUAGAACAUAUCAUAGAGUUUGGAUUGGACUACCCGGAAGGCAUGGCAGUAGACUGGAUGGGUCAAAACAUCUACUGGGCCGAUACUGGCACUAACCGUAUUGAGGUAGCCCGUCUGAAUGGGCAAUACCGCCAGGUUCUGGUGUGUAAGGAUCUAGAAAACCCAAGGUCAUUAGACAAUCCACGAUCAUUGGCACUUGACCCAGCUAACGGCUACAUGUAUUGGACAGAGUGGGGUGGUAGGCCUCGUAUAGCUCGAGCCUAUAUGGAUGGCAGCACCAUCGUAACCUUGGUGGAUAAAGUGGGGAGAGCCAAUGGACUCACAAUUGAUUACAUUGACCACCGACUGUACUGGACUGACUUAGAUACAUGCAUGAUCGAGAGCACCAACAUGCAAGGUCUUCAAAGAGAGAUCAUAUUAGAUGACCUUCCCCACCCCUUUGGUUUGACUCAGUACCGGGACUAUAUCUAUUGGACGGACUUUAACUUGCGAAGUAUUGAACGGGCAGACAAGCGAAGUGGGCUCAACCGCACUGUGGUUUUGCAGGGCCAGUUGGAGUUAAUGCUGGACAUCCAGGUAUUCCAUUCAUCUCGCCAGGAUGGCACCAAUGACUGUUCUCAGAACAACGGCCACUGUGCCCACCUCUGCUUAGCAUCACCUGCUGGCGCGCAGUGCCGCUGUGCUUCACACUACACUUUGGACCCUGACGGACACAAUUGUAGCUCUCCAUCGAGUUUCUUGCUGUUCAGUCAGAGGUCCAGUAUUAGCAGGAUGGUCCUGGGAGAGCAGAGUCCAGACAUCAUCCUGCCCAUCCACAUCCUGCGAAACAUUAGGGCGGUCAAAUAUGACCCGCAAGAGAGACUAAUUUAUUGGCUGGAUGGACGACAGAACAUACGCAGGGCCAGGGAUGAUGGAACUAUGUCUGCCACGGUAGUAAACAGCAUGGUUCAGCCAGAGGAGAACCAACCCCAUGACCUGAGUCUGGACCCCUACAGCCGCCACAUCUACUGGACCUGUGAGACUACCAACACCAUCAAUGUCCAGAGAAUGGAUGGACAGAGCGUGGGUGUAGUUUUAAAGGAUGACACGGACAAGCCGCGGAUUAUCGUUGUCAAUGCAGAGAGAGGGUAUAUGUACUUUACAACAGUACAGGAGCGCUCUGCUAAGAUAGAAGGAGCCAGUUUAGACGGAACUGAAAGGGAGUCUCUGUUUACUACUGGUCUGAUCAGACCAGUAGCACUGGCGCUCGACAACAAACUAGAAAAACUGUUUUGGGUUGAUGCUGACCUCAAGCGUGUUGAAAGCAGCGACCUAACAGGAGCAAAUCGUAUUGUGCUGCAGGACUCCAACAUCCUUCAGCCAAUGGGACUGACUGUCUUAGGGGACCACCUGUACUGGAUAGAUAGACAGCAGCAGAUGAUAGAGAGAGUGGACAAACUGACUGGGGACAGACGAACACGCAUCCAGGGACGCAUUACAUAUCUGACCUCCAUACAUGCUGUAGAGAAAAUGGACCCACAAGACUUUGAAUCCCACCCUUGUUCCCGUGAUAAUGGGGGAUGUUCUCACAUUUGCAUUGCCAAGGGCAACGGCAUGCCACACUGCUCUUGUCCCAUGCAUCUUGUUCUACUACAGGACCUGCUGCACUGUGGAGAGCCUCCAACCUGCUCCACAGAACAGUUCACUUGUUCUACUGGGGAGAUCGACUGCAUCCCCAUGGCAUGGCGCUGUGACGGCUAUGCAGAAUGUGACGACGGCAGCGAUGAAGAGAACUGCCCUGUCUGCUCGGCCUUCCAGUUUCAGUGUGAUAAAGGGGGCUGUGUGGACGCACAGAGGCGCUGUAAUGGAGAACCAGAUUGCGCUGACCAUUCUGAUGAACAAGAUUGUGACACUAUCUGUGCUCCUAACCAGUUUCAUUGUGGUGACAGCCAGUGUAUCACAAAGAAACAGCAGUGUGAUAACUACUCUGACUGCACAGAUGGAUCAGAUGAGCUGGCCUGUGAGUUCCUACCUCACCCCUCUAGUAACCUCCCUUCCAGCACCUCCACCAUUGGACCAGUCAUUGCCAUCAUACUAUUGGUAUUUGUUAUCGGAGGUGCUUACUUUGUGUGUCAGCGCGUGGUAUGCAGACGUUACAAGGGUCCUAGUGGGACUUUCCCUCAUGAGUACAUCAGUGGUACUCCCCAUGUCCCCCUCAAUUUCAUCACCCCCAGCAGCUCACAACAUGGAACCUUCAAAGGUAUAUCCUGUGGUAAGUCUACGAUGAGCUCAGUCAGUUUAAUGGGCAGCAGCAGUGGAGCUCCGCUAUAUGAUCGGAACCAUGUGACGGGUGCAUCAUCUAGCAGCUCAUCAUCAAUCAAAGGAGCCUUCUACCCUCAGAUACUGAAUCCUCCUCCUUCGCCGGCUACUGAUCGCUCCCUCUACAACGCAGAGAUAUUCUACUCUUCAAAUAGUCCGUCAACCACCAGGUCAUACAGGCCCUACCACCCAGUCCAUGGUGCUGCCCCACCCACCACACCUUGCAGCACGGACGUCUGUGACAGUGACUAUACCCCACAUCACCCCAUGGCCAGCUCCACCUUGCCAGCAUCCCGCUGGAAGACAGCUGGCAAAAUGACUCACAUCAAACACAACAAGUACUACAUAGAUCUGAACUCGGACUCAGACCCGUAUCCUCCUCCUCCCACCCCUCGCUCUCAGUACCUCUCCGCCGAGGAGAGCUGCCCGCCCUCACCCUCCACGGAACGUUCCUUCUUCCACCUCUGCCCCCCGCCUCCAUCCCCCUGCACUGACUCAUCAUGACCCCUCCUUCUCUGUGGGGUAAACGAGCAAGGGAAUCUUACAGGAACAAGGGAUUUUAAACUGUUAAAUCAACUCUCAACCAAAAUAGUA